AUGAAAUACUACACCAAAUUGGGACGUGUGGUCACCAUCCAUGGUGACAUCGAAGCAGCCCGGCGAUGCUACGACGCCGCAGUAAAAGGACAGGCCGUAGUCAGCACGAAGAGCAACUGCAACAACAAAAAACUCAAGACCGAGGAUCCUGCCCGAGGAGUCAACGCCAUCGACCUCGACUGUCGCAUCGGGCUGGACGAGACCGGAGAGGGGAGGUUCCCCAAGGAACGCUCUCUCGAACACCCGGUCCGACCAAUCCCCGACGGGGAGUUCGAACUCAUUCCUCUUGGGGACGAUCCGGAAAGGACGGUGAAGAUAGGUAAGGGACUACCCGAGGAAACAAGAGAAGAGCUAGUAGCAUGCCUCAAAGAGAACUCCGACCUCUUCGCGUGGAAUGCCGCAGAAAUGCCCGGGCUGGACCCCGAGAUCGCGUGUCAUAAGCUAGCUGUAGACCGGGCAGCCAAGCCCAUAGCACAGCGUAGACGCAAGCAAUCGCCCGAAAAGGCAGAGGCUGCCGAGCGAGCUGUAAAAGACCUCUUAGAGGCAAAUUUUAUUUCUGAAGCCCAGUACACAACCUGGCUCUCUAAUGUAGUCCUCGUUAAGAAAAAUAAUGGAAAAUGGCGUAUGUGUGUUGAUUAUACUGAUCUUAAUAGGGCUUGCCCGAAAGAUGCUUUCCCCCUCCCUAAUAUAGACUCGCUCGUUGACAACUCUGCAGGUUUUAAACUCUUGUCCUUCAUGGACGCAUAUAGUGGAUACAACCAGAUCCCUAUGUCGCCCGCAGACAAGAAACACACAGCGUUCAUGACCCCAACGGGCAAUUACUACUACAACGUGAUGCCGUUCGGGCUCAAGAACGCUGGCGCUACAUACCAACGCAUGAUGAACAAAGUCUUCAAGGACGAAAUAGGGGACAUGCUCGAAGUGUACAUGGACGACAUGAUCGUCAAAUCACACGAGGAGGUAACCCAUGCUCGACACCUUACGAAGGUAUUCGAGCAGGCGAGACAGUGUAAAAUGAGGUUCAACCCCGAGAAAUGCACGUUCGGAGUCCGGGCAGGCAAGUUCCUCGGUUUCUAUCUCACCGAAAGAGGGAUCGAGGCCAACCCCGACAAAUGCCGGGCAUUCUCGGAGUUUCCGACCCCAAAAACCAAAAAAUCGAUCCAGUCACUCAAUGGAGUGCUCGCCUCACUCUCCCGUUUCAUCGCCAAGUCCGCCCAGCACGCAUUGCCAUUCUUCAGACUCCUUCGCAAAGAGGCUACCUUUGACUGGACCGAUGAAUGCGAACAAGCGCUACUCCAUCUAAAGAAGGUUCUGUCCCAACCCCCGGUCUUAUCACGGCCAUCAGAAAAGGAAACCCUAUACUUAUACCUAUCCGUGGCAACCGAGGCCGUCAGCGCCGUUCUAAUAAGAGAAACCGACGAAGGACAAAAGCCCAUCUAUUUUACGAGUAAAGCACUCCAAGGUCCCGAGCUCCGAUAUCAGCAAAUCGAAAAGGUCGCCCUGGCCCUCAUCAACACAGCGAGGAGACUACGAUAUUACUUCCUCGCACACACGAUAAAGGUGAGGACCGACCAGCCAAUCAAACAGCUGCUCGGGCGCCCGGAUAUGGCCGGGAGGAUGCUCAAGUGGUCAUUAGAACUCUCCGAAUUCGACAUACAAUACGAAAGUAGGAAAGCCUUGAAAGCUCAGGCGCUGGCCGACUUCGUCGCGGAGAUGACCCACUGCCCGACUCCAGCAGAAAGCGCCCACAAAUGGACGAUCUUCGUCGAUGGCGCCUCUAGCACAUCAGGCAGCGGGGCCGGGAUCAUCCUCGAAAAUGAAGAAGGGAUCCUGAUAGAGGUAUCGUUAGCGCUAGCAUUCCCAACAUCAAACAACCAAGCCGAAUACGAAGCCUUCCUCGCAGGCCUGAGGUUAGCCGACGACCUGGGAGCAAAAGAGGUAAAAAUAUCCACCGACUCCCAGCUCGUGGCCUCACAAGUGCGAGGAGAAUACCAAACCAAGAACGACAACCUCCUCGGGUACUUGUCCCUCGUCAAAGAAAAACUUGAUAGAUUUGAAAAAUGGGAAGUUCAACACAUACCCCGCGAGCACAACACACGGGCAGACGUUCUCUCGAAACUAGCCAGCACGAGGAAAAAGGGUGGGAAUAAAUCAGUAAUCCAAGAAAUUCUCCCGCGGCCCAGCAUCGACAAACUACCGCCUCCACUCGAGGUCAACGCUAUUGGAGAUGCCCACUGUUGGAUGACACCCAUCUACAAUUACCUCACACGAGACGAACUCCCGGCUGACCCGAAAGAGGCGGCCAUUGUCAAACGACGCGCAUGCUCACUCGGCGAGGCAAAGAGGGCAUGGGUCGAGGAGCUACAUAGCGUCCUAUGGGCCUACCGCACGACACCGCAUUCUACCACCGGGGAAACCCCGUUCCGACUAACUUACGGCACCGAGGCAGUCAUCCCGGUGGAGAUACGGACGCCAACGAGGAGGACAGAGGAGCCCCUAGACGAGGAAAUGAACGAUGAAACCCUUAGAGCCGAGCUCGACCUAGUCGAGGAGAUACGUUCCGAAGCAGCUCUCCGGGAAACAACCCUCAAACAAAAGAUAGCACUACGUCAUGACGCGAAAGUCAUAAAAAGAGAGUUCCAGGUCGGCACCCUGGUCCUCAGAAGAAACCAGAAAAACCCGAGAGAGGGCAAACUGGCGGCCAACUGGGAAGGCCCUUACCGCGUCCGCGACAAAACGAGCAACGGGGCCUAUUACCUAGAAAACCUACAAGGAGAACAACUCGCUCGACCAUGGAACGCAGAAAAACUUAGACAAUAUUACAGCUAA